GAGAGACCCACGAUCAGGAGGAAAGGGUCAGAGGCAGCUCGACGGGCAGCAGUUGCACGUUUCUCCAGUCUUCAAUCUCAACUUUGGCAUAAGCUACCAUUUUUAACGCUUGACUCAAACUCUCGUCGUAUUUCCUGUGGAUGAUUUGGGCUGACAACCGUGCGUAUUGCCUCUACUAAAGGACGUGUUUUUACCAGAUUUCUAGAAGUAACGGACAGGGAGAACCUGAGCUAGCAGCAGCUGUAACCAGGCUAUAGCAGGCUAGCUAACGUUAGCUAGCGACCUGGCUAGCUGCACACGAGCUGAGCAUUGCUCGGUGGUGGGGUGGGGGGGCAGUUUGCCUACAGUGGCAUUUGAUGGAUCCGAGAAUCGCCUGGUUUCAACCAGAACAACGUGGACCCGCUAACAACCUGUGGAUGCAGAUCUGGGAGACGACACAAGGGCUCGGGUACUUGCAUGUAAAUACCAGCCUCACCACUGGAUCUCCACGCACGUCGAGCCUGAAAGCGAUCGUGAACGGGGCGUCGGGAACAGUCCUCACCAGCAGAAACGGGGCACUCAACUCAAACGCCGGUAGCGAGGAAGCCAGGACUCAGGGGAUGUCGACCUCAAUGGGGGACGGAGAAAUAGCAGAACAGCGGGACUUUAUACCACUGGAAACUAAUAGCAACCAUAACAACCGGGCAGCUGGCAGGGGCGGUGUCGUUGGAGGGGGGCAGCAGCAGGGCAGCGGGGUCGCCGUGCUUUGGAGGGGACUGACGGACGGACACCCCAACAAAAGAAAAAGAGACAACAAGGCUAGCACUUUCGGAUUCAAUUCCAGCCUCUUGCACACUGGUGGCGGCUCCAACACAGGAGACUACGAUGGAUACACGGGCACACCGUGGAAAGUCAGAAACUACUCAGAAGGAAUUGUGGGGUUGCAUGAGGAGAUCAGUGACUUCUAUGAAUACAUCUCUCCACGUCCAGAGGAGGAGAAGAUGAGGCUGGAGGUGGUGGACAGAAUCAAGGGAGUCAUCUACGACCUGUGGCCCAGCGCUGAGGUUCAAGUGUUUGGGAGCUUCAGCACUGGUCUUUAUCUGCCAACAAGUGACAUUGACCUUGUAGUUUUUGGGAAAUGGGAGACACUUCCACUCUGGACGCUGGAAGAAGCUCUUCGGAAGAGAAAUGUUGCAGAUGAGAACUCCAUUAAAGUCUUGGACAAAGCCACUGUUCCCAUUAUCAAACUGACAGACUCUUUCACUGAGGUCAAAGUGGACAUCAGCUUCAAUGUGAAGAGUGGAGUUAAAGCUGCUCGGCUCAUCAAGGAGUUCAAAGAGAAAUACCCUGUGCUGCCUUACCUGGUCCUGGUGCUGAAGCAAUUCCUACUGCAGAGAGACCUUAAUGAGGUCUUCACCGGGGGAAUUGGAUCAUACAGUCUCUUCCUCAUGGCUGUUAGCUUCUUGCAGCUUCACUACAGGGAGGACGUGUGCAGUCCCAACAUCAACAUUGGUGUUCUGCUCAUUGAAUUCUUUGAGCUCUACGGUCGCCACUUUAACUACCUGAAAACAGGAAUCAGGAUAAAAGAUGGGGGCUGCUAUGUUGCCAAAGAUGAAGUUCAGAAGAACAUGAUGGAUGGAUACAGACCUUCCAUGCUCUACAUUGAGGACCCACUGCAGCCGGACAAUGAUGUUGGCCGAAGUUCAUACGGUGCCAUGCAGGUGAAGCAGGCAUUUGACUACGCUUACGUGGUGCUCAGCCAUGCUGUGUCACCCAUCGCCAAAUACUAUCCCAAUAAUGAGACUGAGAGCAUACUGGGCCGAAUAAUCCGGGUGACUCAGGAAGUUGACGAAUACAGGGAAUGGAUCAGAAGUAACUGGGGGAACCCGUCUCAGAAUGAGCUGCCACUCAACAGAAAUGAUGUCACGCUGUCUCAGCAGCUUGAUGAAUGCAACAACAACGUCCCAGAUGACGAUGACGUUGUGGUUCUACCAUCGGCUCCUCACAGUAAAACGUCCUCCAACUCCUCUUCUCCAUCCCCAUCUCUGCGCUCUUCCCCCUCCUCGUCCCCGCUGUCGCCUUCCUCUUCGUCUUCCACCUCCAGUUCCAGUGAUGCGGACUCUGAUGGCACACCAUGUAAGACAGCCAAGCAACAGUCUGCUAGAGGAUCCAGCACCCACAGAGAAAAGUCUGCUGCUGUUGGCAAUCAUCGAACACAAAGCCACACUACCAGCACUCCACCUGGAAGCAACAAAGGGGGGAAGGCCAGGAUGUCUCGAGCCCACCACAAGAGCGGCCACCACGGACAGCAGAGCUCAUCCAGCACCAAAGGUCAUCAGAGCAACAAGCCACACCACCAGGGCAACAGCAAGAAAAGGAAAAAUGUGCGAGACUCUACACAAGAAGACCUUUGCAGAUAGGGGUGGACCCCCCCCUUCCCCUGUCCUCGUCUGCAACUGACUGUCCCACUUCUGCUGCCAGACUUCAGCCUUUGGAGGUUGUUAGUAGUAUUAAAACACCUACAGUAUCUAUCUCUGACAAGCUUUGGGGGAUGACGAGCAACAAUUUCUAGCAGAAAAAAAGAACAAAAAAAGAGAAUUGUUUUAGGAAAUGGGGUUUAAUUUUUUUGGACCUGAAAUGAAAUCAAAGGAUAGAUGCUCAUUUGCUUCCGAACAGCGUCUUUUAGGGAGCAGUUUUCCCACAGCCAGCACCUACGCAGCACGCCUCUUGCGCCUCCUGCUGUACAGGAAUAGACAGGUCAGGUGACUGGAAUCUACUCUGGAGCAAUACCCGGAACUGCUGGCUCUACUUUUCAAAGAGGAAAAUAAAAAUUUUAUCAAAAAAAGAAGAAAAGGCAAAUGGCUUAAAAUGUACAAAAACAAAAAUGUUAUGUUGAACAAACGUGUACACAGAUUUUUUAAGAAGGUAAUCUACAGAUGCAAUCAGUAAGAGUGGGACAACUUAUGCAUGAUAUUUCUUUCUGUUGGUUGAUUUUUCUGUUGGUUUAAUCUGUUUUGGUAUGUCUAAACAGAUUAUAGAAAGAUUUGUACAAAAAUGCAUAAGCAAAAAACCCUUGAAAAAACACAAGAAAUUGUUUCAUAUUACCUUUUUACAAGAUAUACCGAUCGAAGACAUGUAAACGUGUACAUCUUGUGCCCCCAGCUUUUUGGCAAGAACCGAGAGCUGGUUUGGGUCCCAUUGCCAACAUAAAUCAUCAGCAUCUACUUUUACUCCUGGUUGCUCUCUGUGAGUGUGUUACAGUGUUAACAUUUAGCCUUCAGUGAGCCAGUGCUCACAUACAGCCCUAUACUAGAUGACUGGAUGGAGCCUAAUCUCUUAUCCAGCUCAAUAGCACAGCCACACCAGUUAAAAGGCUUGAAAACUAUGGGCCCUAUUUUUGUGGCUGCGCAACGACCAGAGCAAGCAGCGCACAGACCGCUUGGUAUUUUCUUGAACUUGAAUUCCCCUUAGUGCAUCUGUGUAGUACUUUGGUGAAUGGGCAGCACACUGUGCACAGCAGAGACAGAAACGGUCAGCUUUUAUUUAUAAGUGAAUGAUAGAUUGUAAUGGUAGUGGUCCUCAGAACCUUGUACUUCACUUUAUUAAUCUCAGUUGUCUGAAAGUGCCAUGGUGUGAACUUCAAGAAUCGCAUGUAAAUGACACCAGGCUACAUCAUGACCACACAAACAUCUAUACAUAACACCAGUCUGUGAUAAUGGGGCUCCUCACUUGCAUCAUGAUUGUCUUUAACUUUCUUUUCAGCAAGUGUGGCAUUUCAGAUUUUGUCUUACAAUGAUGGUGCAAAAGCUGCUGUGUUGUAUUUGACUAUUAAACGGAGUUGAAUUUAUUAGAUCGAGGGAUAAAAAUACACCUAAUAUUUGUAUUUUGGAGGUCAUAAUUACUGUAAAUGAUGCACCAACUGCCUCCGGUUACAGAUUUGCGGUGUUGUGUUUUCUCAUAGCACAGUCUUCAGCACUCGUCAGAAAACGGUAUGAUCUCCUGGAGAUGCAGUUUUCAGUAACUGAAGUGAUUGGCUCAGCUGUUAAGAGCUGGGACCGGCUAUGAGUGAAUUUAUUAAUAUUCCACUUCACCCAGCCACUUUGCACUUUGUGCAGCAGACCAAAAUAGCAGGUGUGCUUGGCACCCACGCAGUUGUGUACACAUGAUCUACCACUUUGCACAGGUCGUAGCGCUGGCAGGAUUAAAAUAGGGCCCAAAACGUUUAAAUUAGAAAGGGGUUGCUAAUGGUUUUAUUGAAAAAAAAAAAAAUCCUACACUUGAAAAAAAUAAUGUGUUAACAACUGUGGGUGAUAAUCUGUUGGUAAUUUACCUACUACAAAUCAUUUGUAUUUGUUAAAUGUAUUUAUUUUUUUAUUAAUUAUAUGAACAUAGUAAGGAUAUAUGUAUUAACAGUAGAGCCCAUAUCUUUGAGGUCCUAUAUUUGACAUAGGAUAAAUUGCUGGGAGGUGGGUACAGGUAUCUUCAGGUACAGUCAAAUGCCACCAUUAUUUCAUUAGGAUUUUUUCUCUGAUUGUUGAGUGACCAAGUUACUUUGAGAAGUUUGAGAGACCAUUUUACAAGUCAUAUGAUGAGAAUAUUGUUUUAAUAUGUGGCUGGUCUACUUACUUUAAAAGGGAGCUUUUUCUUUUUUUAAUUAUCAUAGAAACAAACACUUCAAUAUGUCAAGCUCCCCUUAUGUUGCAGUACAACAACUAACCUAUAGAUGGAGUCAUUGCUCCAGUCUACAUCCACACAGUUUGAGCUUGUAUACUGCAUUUGGAGAAUGGUUUGUCUUAUUUUUGUGGUUAAAUUACACGUAAUAACUCUGUACUUACUAGAAAGAACAGCUGUACUUAUACAAUCUGUUCCGCUAGGUGCUUGUCUGGAUAACACACCGAAGCACAUUGCAACUCCCUUAUUCUGUCUCUAAAAUAUAACCCAAGUUUCCCACACACACAUACAGGUCAACAAAACACGUAGCCAGCAAUAACACCUUUAAUUCCACAUCCACUCCAUUCUUAAAGAACCAGAAAUAUCUGAGUAAGUUAAGCACAUUUGAUAAUACCAUGCACCAAUUUAAAAACCUAAUGUGUUGAGUGUUGACAUUUUAUUUUUGCCCAUUCCAUAUUCAUUGCUAUGGUUGUAAUGCAGUAUAUAAGCGCUUGUCUUGUGGUAGACGGACAAUGAGGAAGGUGAAUAAGUUAGCCGUGCCAUCUGAAUGUCCACUGACCCUCUCUCUCCAAUGCAGGAAGGCUUUAGUUGAAACCCAACUGUACUCAUCUGAAACAUUGUUUCUCUGCAGCUAUUACAAUUCAUGCAAUAAAACAAUACAACUAAA